CAUCCGAGUUCACGGUUCACACGCAUGCGUACUAGGUGAGAAAACCCGCACAAUUGAACGGGUGCGUUUCGGAUUAUUUAGUUUUCGCGAAAUUAGCAGGGUAUUUCGACGUAGGAUGGCUGCAAGAUAUGACAGAGCUAUUACAGUAUUUUCCCCGGAUGGUCAUCUUUUCCAAGUUGAAUAUGCCCAGGAGGCCGUCAAGAAAGGCUCAACUGCUGUGGGUAUCCGCGGUAAAGAUAUUGUAGUUCUGGGCGUUGAGAAGAAAUCUGUUGCAAAGCUGCAGGACGAAAGAACCGUGCGAAAGAUCUGCGCACUGGAUGAACAUGUCUGCAUGGCGUUUGCAGGCUUGACAGCGGAUGCUCGUAUAGUGAUCAACAGAGCCAGAGUAGAGUGUCAAAGCCAUAGGCUGACUGUGGAGGAUCCUGUUACUGUCGAGUACAUCACACGGUACAUUGCAACCCUAAAACAGCGAUACACUCAGAGCAACGGACGUAGACCGUUUGGCAUCUCGGCGUUGAUUGUGGGUUUUGACUACGAUGGAACUCCAAGGCUCUACCAGACUGACCCCUCAGGAACAUACCAUGCGUGGAAGGCAAACGCAAUCGGUCGCAGUGCUAAGACAGUGCGAGAGUUUUUGGAAAAGAACUAUACGGAGGAGGCCAUUGCAAGUGACAAUGAUGCAAUCAAGCUUGCAAUCAAAGCUCUGCUCGAGGUUGUGCAGUCUGGGGGGAAGAACAUUGAGCUUGCUGUCAUCAGGAGGAGUCAACCAUUGAAGAUUUUGGAGGCGAAGGAAAUCGAAACGCUGGUGGCUGAAAUAGAGAAAGAGAAAGAAGAGGAGGCUGAGAAGAAGAAGCAGAAGAAGCCCACAUAAAACUGGCGUCUCCCCAAAACUGAAACUUGUUGGUGUGUGGGUGGAAAACAGCACUUAGUUUCAGCUCCAGAUGUCAUACCAAGUCUUUCAGUGUUUUUUUUUUUUUUUUUUUGUUAGAUAAGCUAUGAAAAGG